GCCAAGUUUUCUAUGUGGAUGCAAUCACAAUUCCGAAAUAAUCGUUUGGAUAGUUUGAUUUGCAUUGUUUUGCAUUGUUUUGUUUUGUUUUGAAAAUUUUGAUUCUUUUUCGGUGAAAAAAAUGCCUGCAAUCUAUCAUUCUGGUUGUCAAUCAAAACAAAAAAUUGGCAAUAUGUCAUUGUUAACAUUUCGUACAAAACAUAAUGGUCCAAUUAAAUCAUUGAAUAAUGAACAUCUUCGCCAAGAAGAUCCAAUCGAUUUGGAUAUAAUUGAUGAAAGUUUUUAUUUUUUCAAAUCGAAUGUAUUUUUUUCCAAUUUCGAAAUAACGUGUGAAUCCGACCGAAAUCUAAUCUAUUUAACACUUUAUAUAAUUGAAUGUUUAAAAUUAAUUUCCAAAUCAACAAAUCGUCGUCAAGCACAACAAGAUUUAAUAAAUUUAUCACAACAAAAAUUUGCAUUGCCAGGUGAUCCAAAAUUCCCAUUAAACAAUAUCUAUUUGAAACCAAAAAAUUCCGUUGAAGCGGAUGAAAUGCGUAAUUAUAUGAUGCAAAUGCGUCAAGAAUGUUCAACACGUUUAAUUGAUUUAAUUUGGCCAUCAUCAUCAUUACCACCAUCGAAAUGGUGGAUUUGUUUUGCACGGCGAAAAUUUCUUAACAUUCAACUAAAUGAAGUUGAUACUUAUUAAGAUAAUAAUAAUAACUAUUAACACCAAAACAUAAACAUUUUUGUAAUGAAAUUUUAAAA